GAACGCUACCAGAUUCAGUCGAGAAACACCAAAGAACUGUCGAAAAAUGACCCAGUCUCUCAAUUAAGCCUGGAGCAAACUCCAAACUGAUACCGAUGAAAGCAAUUUCUUUUCUGAUUUAUAUCCGCUGUAGAAUAGGGUUGCUGGUGCUGUCAAUGAUGACCACAAGGAAAUAUUGAAUGGUCCUCCUCGUUCGUGCGGCACGUGCAUCACAAUGGGAGCGCGAGUUCGGACGAUUUUUCUCACACUCUGCGGCUCAAUUCUGCUCACUACAUGGGGUUGUCAGCUGUCCUGCAGCACUGACUUCAUCUCUUCCCUGAACUGUUCCUGCACAGGACAUUUGCCCUCUGACAUCUCUUACUACAUUGAGGCUCAUUGCUGGGAUGAUUUGGACACCGUGAACGCGAGCUGUGAGAUCACAUCCCCCAGACCCUGGUGCAUACUAGAACUGGACUAUGAAUUCAACAUCGGAUCGGACACAGAAUGCAAAGUGUGGGGAACACCUGCAGACGAGUGGACAACAAGCCUGAAUAGCUCAGUGUACCUUGUACUCGCCAGUCAUGUGAAGCCGCAGCCACCUUUCAAUGUGUUGCUGCGGGAAAAUGGCAGUAACUUCAACAUCUCAUGGGAAAUGGUCUACACAGAGGACAAGAACAUUUACUUGAAUAAUAUGCUGAUGUACAGAAUCAGGCUAAGGCCAGAAGAUGGUUCUAGCAAGGAUCCUAUAUAUUACACUUUAAUUGAAGACCAGCGGUACAUGCAGAUCUCCUGCAGUAACUUACAAGGAGGCAAAAAGUUUAUGGUGGAUGUUCAAGCCAAGCCAAGCCGACUUUUUGAGGAAAAAUUUCUGAAUUACUGGAGUGAAUUCAGUCAAACACUUCAACUACACUGUAAGAAACCAGAUGACAGAAUAUACCAGAACUGGAUGCAUCUUUUCACGCCGCUGCUUUUGGUGGCCUGCGCCUGCAUCUGCUACUUGGGACGAAAAAGAGUGUGGCUGAUGAAGGUGUGUGUGUGCAGCUACAUCCCGAGCCCCGAGGAUUUCUUCAAGCCCCUGUACCGUAAGCACGGCGGGGAUUUCACGAAAUGGGUAGGCCCCACAUUUGUCUUCGGUGAGUUCGACUUCAUGGAGAAGAACAUGGAGGUGGUGAGCGGGAAGCAGCUGUGCUCCACCGUGAAGUGUGAGAAGGAGACCGAGGAGAGCAGUAGCAGGUGCGGCAGGGGAGGGAAGUGCUCAAGCAGCGGCUUUGCCGCAAACAUUCUAGCCCAGAGCUCCUCCCAGCAGAACCUCCUAGAGGGAAGCAACAGGAGCCAGGACACGCUAAUCUCCAGCGGGCUACUCUCCAUCAACACGGUCACGGUGAUCGGAGAGGAAAGCGGCUGGGAUCCCUAUCGUGGCAGUUGCCCCUAUCCAGCGUUCAGACUGGAGGAAAACCCCAGCAAGGAAGAUGAGGACCAGCUGACCGUGGAGGCCACACAAAGAGCAGCAAUCUCCAGUGGUCACACAUCAGGUGGCAGGAGGAUCUCCACAGAAUUGUCUGGCCAGCUGAGGCUCUUCAGUUUGCCAUGGAAUCUGGCCUCUAGUGGCAAUGAGGUUGAGCAGCUCUCGCUGGACUCCUUCAGCUCCGCUGAGCGUUCAGAGGAUGGCUACCCCAACGUUGUGCUGGACCUGGAUACUAUUGACAGUGGAUUCCUGGAGUCGGAAUGCAGUAGCCCUGUACAGUCUGACUUCAGCAACAAGGAAGAUAUAGAGGACGUUGUCAUUAGUGUGCCACAGCAUUCGCGCACCAACUAUGUCAAGCAGUGGGUGAAUGCCAAUUCAGCUCCAGAUACGCAGGCCGACGUCUGAGUGGCGGACAUGAAAUUUUUCGGUACCCUUCCCGAGAUCCGUGUCUCGAUACAAUCCUGUCUCAGACAAUAGCUUGGACUUCAAGGAUUGGAUUGUGCUCUGACAGGCACAGUCAACUAUGGGAACUUAUAUAGACAGAUGUGUGACUUUCCAAAACGUAUCCAAUUACCUGAAUUUACCACAGGUGGACCCCAGUCCACUGAAGGAUGAUGAAUGGAAACAGGAUGCACCUGAGCUCAAUUUCGAGCGUCAUGGCAAAAGCUGUGAAUACUUAUGUAUAUUCUUUAUUUUUAAUAAAUUUGCACAAAUUUCAAGCAAA